AUGGAAUAUCGUUAUUUAAUUCAUAAAACCCUUAUUGUUAAAAUUGAAGAUUCAAAUAAACGUCGUUUCGAUUUCAAAACAAAAGAGGCGUUCGAGUUCCUGAAACGCCAUCUUCGACCAAGCGAACGUGCACGCUCUGCAGUCGCACAGUUCAUUUCCAUCGUGGCGAUUGCUGGAAGAAGACAUCGAGACGUCGUCGAACACGGACGAGCGGGCCUGACCCUUCGCUGCCUGUGGAGUACGUGCGACCUGCGAGCGUCACCUGGUGCGGGUAGGUUUGCGUUUGCUGCUACCAGAGUCCUUCAGUUUUUAUACGAACAUUGUUACUGUGACGCUCUGAAUGUGAUGAAAUCACAUGGAGGCCACAAAAAUCAUAUCAAGCAAAUUGUUGAGAAUCGAAUGGCCAAGUAUCGAUUGAAAAUUGAACACUGACUCACUUCACCGGGAAUCGCUCUGAAAAUAAUUCAAAAUGUUCUUUCGACUACUGCUGCUCUGUACACUGACCCCUUCACCAGGAAUCGCUCUG